AUUAUUUCAAUUAAAUAACUAAUAGCACACAAUUGACAUACAACUCAACACAUUUUCUUAGGGUUUUAGAUCAAGCAAAUUAGCAUGCAUUUUAUUUCAGGACCACUUCCUAAACCCGAAAAGCUGAUUGUUGGCCUUUAACGUUACAUUAGGGUUAGAAAAAUAAAAGAGUUACCCGUACUGAGUCGGUUAUGUUACAACUGAAAAAAAAAACCCUAAAUAACCUUUCACCGUAUCUUAAUUUAUUAGCAAUAUCUGUUUAUCACAACUUAAACCAACGCAACACAUAAACGCUGUGUAUUUUAUUAGCUAUGUCUGGUGCAUGUUGAAGGUUGCCCUGUUUUAUUACUGCAGCAGUUUCAAAUCCCCAGUCAUUUCCCAGUGCUAAGAAUGCAAGCCUGUUGCUCUGAUCCCUUGCACUGUUAACACGUGAAUUUAGAUUUACUAAACUGAAUUGUGAAGCUUGCCAUUCAUGUUUACACACGCCAUAGCUGCAAAAAAGGUGGAGUUAAAAUAUAAGAACAGCGGAACUGCAAUGCAAUAUUCAUAUUAAACCAACACUGAAAUUAAAAUGAAUAAUGAAGCAGAUUUAGAAAGGGCUGAUAGUGGUGGUGGGCAAGCAAAGAAACAGUUUCCAAACAAGACCCUUUUACUGGCUACUUGUGCUGCAUGUAUUGGAGGGACUUUUCAGUAUGGAUAUAAUAUAUCAAUCAUCAAUGCUCCUACCAAGCCCAUACAGAGUUUUAUCAAUGAGACCUGGAUUCACAGAUACGGUAUAGACAUACAGGAGGGCAUACUAACUCUGCUGUGGUCUGUGAUUGUCUCUGUCUUCACUCUCGGUGGCUUCAUUGGAGCGUCUGUUGGAGGAGUGCUGGCAAUUCGAUUGGGACGAAAAGGAGCUCUGUUGUUGAACAGUGGUUUUGCUUUGUUGGCAUCACUGCUGAUGGGGCUCAGCUAUCCCACUGGAGCGUUUGAACUCUUAAUUGUCGGCAGAUUUCUUAUCGGGCUAAACGCAGGAAUUGGUAUCUGCGUUCAGCCCCUUUACCUGGGAGAGAUUGCUCCGAAGUCUCUGCGUGGAGCAAUGGCAAUGGGCACAUCCAUAUUCAUUACUGGCGGUAUACUGACAGGACAGGUGGUCGGGCUCAAAGAGCUGCUGGGAGGAGAUGAUUACUGGCCCAUGCUGCUGUCCACUAGCUGCAUUCCUGCAAUUCUGCAGUUCCUCAUUCUGCCCUGGUUCCCAGAAAGCCCCAGGUAUCUGCUGAUUGACAAGCGAGACGACAUUCAGUGCAAUAAAGCUCUGAAGCAAUUGCACGGGUCUGAAAGUUACCACAGUGAAAGAGAAGACAUGGAGCAGGAGCGUGCAGCGCUGCUGGGGGUGAAGCCAAAAAAACCAUGGGAACUCUUCAUGGACCCAAGCCUGCGCUGGCAGCUCCUUACCGUCAUGCUACUGAACUGCGCCCAGCAGCUCAAUGGCAUCAAUGCUAUUUAUUUCUAUGCAAACUAUGUGUUCACUCGAGCUGGUAUCCCAGUGGAAAAGAUCCCCUACAUCACAAUAGGGACUGGAGCUUGUGAAUGCCUCACUGCACUGACCUGUGGACUGCUUGUUGAAUCUCUGGGCAGAAGGAUCCUCAUCAUUGGAGGGUAUUCACUGAUGACUGUGUGGUGUGGUCUGUUGACAGUAAUACUGACUUUUCAAGAGGCUAAUCCAUGGGUCCCCUAUUUAAGCAUGUCCUGUGUAUUCGCUUUUAUCCUGAGUUUUGGCUUAGGACCAGGUGGAGUAACUAACAUUUUAACCACAGAGUUGUUCACACAGCCAGCUCGUCCUGCAGCGUACAUGAUUGGAGGUUCAGUCAACUGGCUCAGUUUUUUCUUCAUAGGAAUGAUUUUUCCUUUCAUUGUGAAUGGCCUGCAGCAAUACUGCUUCCUGGUGUUCCUGGUGAUCUGUUGCCUGGUUGCUAUCUACAUAUUCUUCGUUGUGCCAGAAACCAAAAACAAAACGUUUCUCGAAAUCGAACAGGAAUUCCAACCGCUUUAUGGCAGCAAAAGAAACGCCGGAGACGCUUCUGUGGGAAACCUAUCAGAGUUAUUGAACUCUGCAGACAUGUGAACUUUGUGAAGCGUUACUGUUUUAUAUAAAGUCUUAAAAACCGGUUGAAUGUUAGACUGAUAUAGAAGGGAUCGGGGUGGAUGAAUACUUGGGAUGGGGAGCAAAUAAAACAACGACAUUAGCAACCAUGAAACAAACCGAAUUAUAAAUACAGUAAGUGCCAGACGAGCAUUGCACCACGAGGUGCAGGAAACAGGGUGUACUUGAAACUGUAUCGUGGGGAUCUUAGCUUAUAUUUUUUAUUCUGUAUUUUAUUUUUUGGCAGAUAAAACAGAACUAUGUGUUGUGAUUUGUAUGCUAGAAUAGUAGAACAUUUAAUGUGUUUUUUUUUGUUGUUGUUUCUCAAUACAGAUUCAGUUUUCCAGAAAUGCAGCAUUAAAUUGCUCUGUCCAAUAUCUAGUUAAACAGUGUAAUGCAAUAACAAACUGGGUGAACAGGAAAUGCAUA